CUACAACGCUGUCGUUUUUCAUUUUGUUAGCGGGAAAAAAAUAUCUAGUGCAAUCUUCUGGUUGGAUGGCUCGCUCAUCGCCUUCUUCUUCAAACCGAAGAGGCGGAAGAAAUUAUCCACUUCACUACGUUCUCUUGAACUCCAAACUGAAACAAUCUUAAGUUCAACAUUUCAUUUUCAAUGCCCAUUCUAGCCUCACUCCCAGGACUCAACCUCCUCUCUUCCCUCCCUUCAAAUCCACCCCAAAACGGCACCACUUCAUCCACUCCUUCUCCAUCCCCUCCCAUCCCUAUCCCCAAAUAUCCUCCUCCCCGUAGUCGAAAUCCCAAAACUAACGUUCCCCGUUCAAACCCCGCCCUCUCCAUCCCUCACCGCCGCUCCAAUUACCGCAAGCCCGUCCAAAAGGGCGUCAUCUCAACCGACGGUGAUCGAUGCGUCAUCGUCGGCGAAAACGGCGUCUCCUAUAAGCUCCCCGGCGCUCCUUUCGAGUUCCAGUACAGUUACUCCGAGACGCCCAACGCUGAGCCUAUAGCUAUUCGAGAGCCAGCUUAUUUGCCCUUUGCUCCACCGACGAUGCCGCGGCCAUGGACAGGGAAGGCUCCGUUGAAGAAAUCAAAGAAGAAUAUCCCGCUUUUCGAUUCGUUUAACCCUCCUCCCCCAGGUAAAAAAGGCGUGAAACACGUGGAAAAGCCAGGCCCCUUUCCGUUCGGGAAAUAUCCUAAGGAAGGGAAAACGAGAGAGGAAAUAUUAGGAGAGCCGUUGAAGAAAUGGGAGAUUAAGAUGCUGGUUAAACCACUAUUAUCCGAUAACCGUCAGGUUAAUCUCGGGAGGGAUGGAUUGACGCAUAACAUGUUGGAUUUGAUACACACUCAUUGGAAACGACGUCGUGUUUGCAAAAUCAAGUGCAAGGGAGUUCCCACCGUGGACAUGGAUAAUGUUUGUCGUCAUAUUGAAGAAAAAACUGGAGGAAAAAUCAUUCAUCGAGUUGGUGGUGUUGUUUAUCUUUUCCGGGGACGAAACUACAACUAUCGUACUCGUCCACAGUACCCAGUGAUGCUUUGGAAACCAGCUACUCCAGUCUAUCCAAAACUUAUCCAAGAAGCUCCAGAAGGAUUGACAAAAGCUGAAGCAGAUGAGUUUCGGAAGAAAGGGAAAUCUCUUCUACCCAUAUGUACAUUAGCAAAAAAUGGUAUGUAUGCUUCCCUAGUGAAAGAUGUUAGAGAUGCUUUUGAAGAGUGCCCUUUGGUGAAGAUUGACUGCAAAGGGUUGCAACCAAGUGACUACAAGAAGAUAGGUGCUAAGCUAAAGGAAUUGGUUCCUUGCGUUUUAUUAUCUUUUGAUGAUGAACAAAUUUUGAUGUGGAGAGGACGGGAUUGGAAAUCUAUGUAUAGGGACACUUCUUCAAAUUUAGUUCCUGUUAAAGCUGACAUUUUAAGUGGUAUAGAUAAUUCAGCCAAAUCUAGUGAUGAUAGUGGUACACCUGAUUCCCAAAGGGUUGUAUCAAGCCCAAAAAUGAUGUCCCUCUGGAGGCGUGCAAUCGAGUCAAACAAGGCAUUGUUAUUGGAAGAGCUUGCUUUGGGUCCGGAUGCUCUUCUGGAUAAGGUGGAGGAAUUUGAAGGCAUGUCUCUGGCCAUAGAGCAUUCCUGUGAAGCAUUAGUCCUGUCCAGCGAAGAUGGUUCUUCCAGUAGUUCCUCGGCAGAGUUCAAAGGUGGUUCUUACAGUGAGGAUGAAAAUGACAUUUACAGCAGUGAUGACAUCAUUGAUGAUGAGUAUUACGAUGACAACUCAUUUGAAGAGGUCGAUCCAUCGAUCCCGCUAGGGUUAUUACCUGUUGACAACAUAGCAGAAAGGCUCCGAAGGGAAUCAAAAUGAAGUUUAUAAGGGCAGAUCAUCAGCCAAGGUCAGCCUGCUGAGCUGCAAUUUCUGUAGUUAUAUAUAUCUACUGAAAUUAAUUUCAUCAUUCGGGGCUGAGUAGAAAGAGAGGUGUGAUUAUACAUGUCUCUAAACGGCAAGCUACUUGUGUUGCGUAGCUGUAGAUUUAAAAUUUAUAUCCCAUUUAAGUCCUUCAAUUUCUCAAUAAAUCGAAAAUUUACUGUUUGAAGCAUAAUAUAUCAAA